ACUACCUAUAGUCAUAUUCGAUACUGCAUAUAUGAUUAACGCAAUAUUUCAUGGAAAGGGGAGGUAACCGCCGAAAUGAACAGUAUGGCAGCCAGUUAUGAGAAAAGUCUGUUGAAAAGCGCUGUGGAACAGUUGUCAGUUGGGGAAGGAACUGGAUUAGUACUGUUAAAAGUUAUUUACAGCAAUGGUCAUUUGAAUUCAAGCUUUACGGAGAGCUUCUGUGAAGUGGAGCUGGAACCUGAUACGCUGUUUUAUUUUCUGUCAAUUUUUCGUCGAGGUGCGUUAAUAAUAAAAAACUUGUACGAUAGUUUGGCGGAGAAUGUGGAACAGUCAAGCGGCGAAGAACAAGCGGUUCAGAAGUUGUUGAGUUUUCUGGACAAUUUUGGAGCUCAUGGUAGACACCUUGCAUCUCGAAAAUCUAGAUCAGAAAUUGAAUGGACAUUGCAGUUAUGCAAACAUUUAUUCCAAGAACUUGGAAGUGAUGAAUUUAUUGUUGACGAAUUGUCUCGAGAUUUGGGAAAAGUAGGAUCUUUAGAGUACAGAGUGUGUCCUUGCUGCCAGGAGCGCCUGAUUGGUGGGGUUACAAACAAUACAUACAUUGGUCAUAGGAAGGUAUGGAAUGGCAGACUUGAUGUGGUGUUACUAGGACCAGAUGGGAAUGCAGUAAUGCCAAUAAAUGUUGAGUCAUCCCUUGAGAUCAAAUAUGGAAGACAGUCAACGGUUGGGAAAGCCCAAACCAUAGCACAGAGUGUAGUUUUUUCUUACUUCAUAAAGAAAGUCCAUCCUAAUUUAAGAAAUUUUUUAAUACCAACAAUUACAAUCACUAAAGAUGAAGUUUUAUUCACUUUUUAUGAUCCAGUAGAGGAUAUGCUGAUACAGAGUGAAAGUAUGAACCUGUUUGAUGCGGCCUCUGAUAUGCCCGAGCAGCUGAGAAUUGACACUGUUGUUGCUGUAUGGCUGGUGUUGAAUUACAGACUUUUCGGCUCAGGAGUCUGUUUGGAUAUGAUAGAAACUGGUUAUAAGGCAAACUUUUUGGCAGGAAAAACUGAGGCUUUAAACAUUUACAACAAUGACCUGGAGUUUGGAGUAACUAUACAGUCUGAAUCACUGCAGAGUUUUGCCUGUACAAACGAGGGGGUAUAUAAACGUACAGUCAAAGGGGACAAAUGAAUAUGAUGUAAAAUAACUUGCAACAGUUAAACAAACAUUUCUGUUAAAAUUCCUAGUUUCUUUCUAAAAGUACAAAUUUUAUUACUGAACUUUCGGAAUUAAAAAGUGAAGGAUACCAUACCGGAUUAUAUACUUUAGCAUACCGUUAUAUCUCACCUUCAAAAUUAAGGAAGUAAGUGCUGUAGUAAUUGAUAUAACAAAAAGACAUGCGGACACAGUGUCGUCUGCUACAUAAGUACAUGUAGUUACGCGUGUCAAGAACAUGAACAGAUACAUGUAGAACUGAAAUACAUGUUUAAUAUGUGAUACAAGCUGUAAAUUGUCAAAAACUGUUAUAUAGCGUCAGCAGGGGCGGUGAAAUCUGAUUUUGACUUGCUUUGGGACAACCUGGGCAAUAUGGACAAUUGAAUUUGCUGCCCCUGGCGGUAACACUGGAGAUAUUUUAUGAUUUCACUAACCUUGAUUUAAAAUGGUAACCUAUCCAGUUCUGUUAAAAAAACAACUUAUUUUUCCUGUUUGAACAUAAGAAUUAUAGUUAAUUUAUUAAUAUUUCCAUUCAAAAUUGAAAGCGUUCGCAACGGAGUACCGGAGGUUAAACUGCCUUAAUUAUUAAAGCUUCAGAUUAUAUUUAAAGAAGGUUAAGUACGUAUUCCUGGUGUAUUUGUCAAGCCAGCAGGAAAAUUUCUAUUGCCACGGCGAUCCGGGUUUGAUUCCUGACAAUUGGGCAUAUUUUUUUCUUGAUUUGGCAAUUUCAAGAUACUGUAAACAAGAGGGCCAUGAUGGCCCUGUAUCGCUCACCUGAGUACCAUUGCUCAAUUUGAUAUGAUCGUUUCAAACCAAUCUCAUUAGAAGCUGCUAAGGUGUAUCAUUUAGAUAAAAAAAUAAAGGGAGGUAAUUUGUCAUAAA